CGAACAAGCCCAAUGUGCGAAACGGAACGCAACCGUAGUGUAAUAAAGCGCGACGGUCAAAUAUAUGCAGAUUAUCGUUGUAGAAUCUGUUAUUUACUUUUAGGUAAAAUGAAUAAUGUAAAGGUAGCUGGUUUAGUUGUGAUCAUCAGUUAUUUAAGCAAAUUAAUAUUCUUUGAUCAAAGCAUUGACAACAAUGAUGAAGAAGAUAGCGACGAAGAAAUAGAAUUGUAUUUGCACAGAUUAAAAGUCCGCAUUAAUAAUCCAGCUACCAGGCCUCAUCGCAUUAAAGGUUUUAUCGAAAGAGUUGUCGAUAUGUCUACUGCUUCCGAAUUUCAAAGUCACUUCAGAAUAACUAUGACAAGUUUUCAGUGGCUUCUAAAUCGAAUAGCCUCUCUAUUACAAAGUGCUCGAAAAGCUGGACAUCAAACUACAGAUCCGAAACGACAAUUACUCGCCUUUUUGUGGCUAUUAGCAACACCAGACAGUUUUCGAUCAGUUGGUUGUCGUUUUGACCUAGGAAAGUCUACACUAUCUGCUAUUUUUAUGCGGAUUGUGAUUGCUUUAAAUAAGAUUUCUUCAGAAAUAAUAUUUUGGCCAAAUAUUGAGCAACGCCAAUGCAUAGCACAAUCUUUUCAAGCUUCUGCUGGAAUAGAAAACAUAGUUGGUGCUAUCGAUGGAACGUAUAUUCCUAUCAAGGCUCCAAGUGUAAAUCCGGAUGUCUAUAUUAACAGAAAAUGUUUUCAUGCUAUAACUCUGCAAGUAAUAUGCGAUAAUAAAAUGUCAAUUCUAGAUUGUUUUGCGGGUUAUCCUAGCAGAGUAUCAAAUAUAAGGAUUUUUCGAAAUUCGCCAAUAUAUGAAGAUUUUAUGAAUCAUCCAAAUAAUUAUUUUGAUAAAAAUCAAUUUAUUAUCGGGGAUAAAGCAUAUCCCGUUUUGCAAUGGUGCAUACCUCCCUACAUUGAGAGAAGAAAUGUUACCGAAAGGCAAAAACAUUUCAAUAAUUGCCACGCCAAGUCUCGCCAAGUAGUUGAACGUUGUUUUGCCCUUUUAUUUGGACGAUUUAGGCGACUGAAAUAUCUUGAUAUGAAUCGAACAGACUUCAUAGCACCAACAAUAAUUGCUGCAUGCGUUUUACAUAACAUAUGCUUAAAUAAUCAAGAAAAUCAAGAAAUACGAGACAUGUUUAUAGCUGAAGAGCUUCAGACAGUGGUGAAUAAUGCUGGCAAUGUUAAUCACGAAGCAGUUAAUUAUGACAAUAUAAAUGCACAAGAUUUGGGAAGAGAAGGUCACGCAUUGCGGGACAGGAUCGCAGAAAAUUUGUAUCCAUUUCUAUAAAAGUUACAAAUUUCAUGAAUUAUUGGUUUCAUUUUAUAUCCAA